UUGACAUAUCUGGGUAAAGAUUCGGAUCGGGUAAACGCAAACCUUUAUCCUCUUCCUCCAACCCAACGGUGACGGCGGAUCCCUUAGCGGUCGGUUCCAGCGACAACCCCUCUACCCGAAUCCGAUAGCCAACUUCUUCUUCCCUCCACCAAAGUAUUGCUUGAAUUAUUCUGGAAAUAUCAUGACGGAAACUGUCAAUAUGGAUGCAAACGGCACUGACAAUGCAAUUGCAAUCCAAAUGGGCGGUAAUGAGCCGGCCUCAAGAAGAAGAUUGAGAUCUUUAGUCUGGAAUGAUUUCACAAAAGAACGGAAAGCCGAUGGAAAUUUUGUAGCAAUCUGUAACCAUUGCAAGAAAGAGCUUUCAGCUAGCAGCCGAAGUGGCACUACCCACUUAAAGAACCACCUUGCGACUUGUACCAACACAAAAGUUCGAAAGAGGAAGAAAUUGCUUGUUAGGAGAUUAGUUGUGAGAAAUGAUGGGUCAAGUAUGGAUCUAUCUCAUUUUGAUCAGGAAUUGAGUAGACAGGAUCUUGCCCGUAUGGUGAUCUUGCAUGGGUAUCCUUUUACUAUAGUUCAUCAUGUCGGGUUCAAGGCAUUUGUUAAGAAUCUUCAGCCACAGUUCAAGUUGACAUCUGAUGAUGUUGUUAGGGCUGACUGUAUGAAUAUUUAUGAGAGUGGGAAAGUUAAGUUGAAGGAAUUGCUUGGGAGACUUCCUUGUAGAGUUAGCCUCAGCGUUGAUAUGUGGAGAUCAAGUGAAGAUGUUGAGUAUGUGUGUUUGUCUUGCCAUUAUGUUGAUGAUGAUUGGAAGCUUAAGAAGAAGAUUCUGAACUUUUUGCAUGUUGAAAGUCAGACUGCAGGUGAGGAGAUGAGUAAGAUUGUUGCUGAGAAGUUGCUUGAUUGGAAUUUACAUGGAAAGUUGUUUAGUGUUAUUUUGGAUAAUUGUAAUGAGAAUGAUAUUGUGGCCAAAGAUCUUCGUGAAUUCGUUCUGUUGAAGGGGGCUUUCCCUUUAAAUGGUGAGUUUUUCCAUGUGCAGACUGCUGCAUCGAUUUUGUAUGCAACUGCACAAGAUGUUACGGGGUUUUUGCAUGAUAUAAUAAGUAAAGUUCGGGAUAGUGUGCAAUAUGUGAGGACUUCACAAGCUACACUAAACGGGUUCCAGAUUGCAGCGGGUAAAGUUGGAGCCCCACAAAAAGCAUUAGUUUGCGAUGAUCAGAAUAACUGGAUAACAACAUACUUGAUGCUUGAAGCUGCAUGUGAGUUUCAAGGUGCCUUCACUUGUUUUGCUGAAAGUGAUAGUGAGUACACAAAUUCGUUAUCUUCUGAGGAGUGGGAUCUUGUUAAAGCUGUUACCGAGUGCUUAUAUGUGUUCUAUCAUGCCAUAGAGAAAUUUUCUGGGGCAAAAAUUCCAACAUCAAACCUUUAUUUCAAUGAUAUAUGUGGUAUCCAUAUGCUGCUAAAGACUUGGAAAGUCAGUGAAUUUCCUGCUAUUUCAGCGAUGGCUACUCAAGUUCUUGAGAAAUUUGAAAAGAGCUGGGAGGCAACAUUACUUCUUAUGUCAAUUUCUUCAAUUCUUGAUCCUCGAUAUAAAUUAAAGUCAAUUGAGUAUUUUUUCAAUAAGAUUUACGAUGAUGAGCAUAAAGCUAAUGAGAAGAUUGAAAAGAUCAGGCAAUAUCUAGGGAAGCUCCAUGAUGAAUAUGUGGAGCAUUCAAAUAACAUGUCCAAUACCCAAGCAUUUCUUUGCUACGAUGAAAAUAAUAAUAGUGGUUGCAGUGCUGAACUGAAAGCUGGUACAGAAUCUAAGCCUUCUUCCCGCACGUUAUUUGAUGCACGACGGGGACUUGAUCAAUAUCUUCAAGAGACCUCAUCAAGUCAACAGCAUAAAUCAGAUCUGGAGUUGUAUUUGGAUGAAGCUGUUUAUCCAUGCAAAGGCUCUGAGGACAACUUUAACAUCUUAGCUUGGUGGAAAUUUCAUGCAGCAAAAUAUCCUGUUCUUUCGAUAAUGGCUCGUGAUAUUUUGGGGAUUCCUUUAUCAGUUGUUGCAAUAGACAGUGAAAGUAGAGUGCUCAAUCAGUACUUGAGUUCCCUUGACCCAGUGACUGUCCAAGGACUGAUCUGUGGACAGGAUUGGCUAAGAGAAGAAUUUGAAGUUCAAGUAGAACCUCCAAUAGCCGUAGAUGAUGUCGCCAUUGUUCCGUUACCUGCUAAAAUUGAACAUGACGUUGAUGAGUGCAUGAUACCAGCAAAUGGAGAUGAAUUCUCCCACCACCAAUAGGGAAUAGCCUUUCUGGUUGUGCGUCCAUCGCCAGCAUCUGGAUUUCUAAUUGAGAUGUCUUCCAUCUUUCAUGUGGUAUCCAUGGAGAAUUCGUCCUCUAAUUGAUUUCUCAAGGGUUUUUAUUGUGCUCUGUAUAGCAGUAGUUAAUAGGAUAAAAUAUUGAUGUAUUCCACCUCAGUCCUUCCCUAAGUUAUUGAUUCUUUGCUCUUUAACUUCAUGUAUUUUGACAGUGGAACAUGGUGUAUUUCACGAAUGUUAUGCUC